AAUUAAGAACACGCUUAAGAUCAUUAAAAAAAAUUCUAAGAUAGAAUUCACAAUCAUUCGUGUUUAAUGUAAGUUUUUAGGCAUUAAUUGCAAAAUCAUAGGUUAUUUUCAACUAAGCCCUUUAUUCCUGUUCUUAAUUGCAAUGAACAUAUUUUUCUUUAGGAUAGGAUUUUUUUUCCCUCAAGUGAAUGUCAAAUUCAGCAUUAUGUUCAGUAGAAAGUGAAGUAUAAAGAUGUUUUAGUGACUUGAGAGAAGACGAUCUGAUGCAAAAUAUUUGCAUCAACUUUCACUUUCAAUGAGGAAGAGAAACCAAUCACGUGGUUCCUAUAAAUAAAUUUUCUUUAUCUCGUCCUUUUACAUAAAUCAAUGUAUGUAACAAUAAAAAACAAACACCAAAAGACCAGGAUUAGGAGUUUCAAUGCAUUAUUUAAUCAUAUAAGAAGUGAAAAUGAGCUAUUUCAGUUCCUAUAAAAUGAAUACACAAAAAUCCAAGAUGGCGGCCCGUUGACCGCCAAACUGCGCAAAAGGAAGCAUACCGUUUCCUCCUCUUUUUCCAUUCCUGUGGGCAUCUGUGGAACGGAUCGGUUGAUAGUUGCAAAAUCUGAGUAAAGAUGAAGGUGGCCAUUAUUCCCGGUAAUGGGGCGGGGGACGUUUUUCACGCGAACUGGUACGGCUGGGCUCACAAGCAAAUCAACAAGAUGGAGAACGUGUCGUGUGGUUUACGUAACAUGCCGGACCCCAUCACCGCCAAAGAGUCCAUAUGGAUCCCAUUCAUGCGUGAACAAAUGGAGUGUGACGAGAACACCGUCAUCAUAGGUCAUAGUUCAGGGGCAGAGGCCGCCAUGAGGUUUGCCGAGAAGUACAAGGUCAAGGGCAUCAUCCUAGUAUCAGCAUGUGUCACUGACUUGGGGGAUGACAACGAGAGAGCAAGUGGAUAUUACAGCAGGCCCUGGGACUGGACGUCCAUCAAAGCCAACACAGACUUCGUGGUGCAGUUUGGGUCCACGGACGACCCCUUUAUCCCGUGGGAGGAGCAGCAAGCCGUGGCGAACGGUCUGAGCUCUGACCUCCGCAAGUUCUCCGACAAAGGCCACUUCAUGAAUAGUUCAUUUCCACAACUGAUGGAGGUUGUCAAGGAAAAAAUACAAUAGCAAUUUAUGUCCUCUCAAAUGCUUCGAUAUUUUUUCUUCUUUGAUAAAAAAUAUUAACUUU